AUGGAGGCUGAGCUGCAAAGCCCGGAGGUAUUGGCGGCCGCUUUGCAGCCAAUUAUAUAUAUGAUUGAAGAAUCUUCUGCUGAAGAAUAUCAGGAAAUAAUACUUCCUUUCAUUCGUAACAUUUUUCUAAUGCCAAAGUCAGUCCAGGCAACAGUCACUCUAUUGGAAAACAUUGAUGUAUUGAUUGGCAAAACAGCUCAAAGCGACUUAAAAACUGAUGUCUUACCCAUGCUUUACAGCUCUUUCGACUCGACUACUCCUCAAAUUCAGUGUGCGGCGUUAUCAGCCGUGGCCCAAGUCAUUGACCACUUGGAUGAGUCGACCAUAAGAAAGAUGGUUUUGCCGAAAACUAAGCAAAUCUUUGAGAAUAAUUGUGGUGUUAAGGAAGAGUCGGUGCUCCGGGUGCAGGCAAAUGCACUGAUAUGUGUGGAAAGAGUGAUCGACAAUCUCGACAAGACUGAGAUUCUGGACGAUGUGCUGCCUAUGCUAUCAAAGGCUAAAUUAUAUGAUCCUUUUAUUUUGAUGCCCGUUAUAAGAAUGUACAAACACAUGUUGGGGGAUAAGCGUUAUGGACUUACUGUUAAUUUAUUAGCCACUAAAGUUAUGCCAACCCUAAUACCUGCUGCUGUCAGUCCUGCAUUAAAAUUAGAUCAGUUCACAUCACUGAUGGAGUUGUUGACCGAGAUGUUAGAGCACGUGUCCAAAAGCCAGAGAAAUAAGAUUAAGUUGGAAAAGCUGUCCAUUUCCUCUCAGGAAAAGGCGCCCCCACCACAGCAACAGCACGCCAUUGAGCAGCCCAUCGGUUACCCCCAUCGACCCCCUUCGUUGCGAUUGGAGUCGCGGCGGACAUCGAUUAGUAUGGAUGAUGUGGUUCGGCGCACGUCGUCGGCCUCGGCGUCGUCCAGUCCCGACUCAAACCUACUCCGAGUUCAGGCAAACCUUCCGGGAAGGCGGCACUCAGACAACACUAUACAACCCCCCAGAAUACUGGUUGCGCCCUCCAGUCCGACCGGCUCUUUCUCGUUAUCUCGCGGUCCGAGCGCUUCCAACCUUCAUAUGAGACGCCAUUCAAGUGUUGGACCUCAAGACCCAAGAUUUUCAUUCAUGUCAUCCACCACUCAUAAGCCAUUCACUGCAAAUCUCGGAUUAGACUCAUUCCUGUCCGGCCGCUCAAGUAGUAGUCGACGUUAUUCAGCGGUUCCAACCUUUAACACAAUGCCUACCUUUCAUCACACUAAGAAUACUUCGGCUAAUUUAUUGCAAACUAUCGGAUCAGGAGUGCAACAACUUUUUGGAAAAUGAAGUCAAUUAUAAUUAGUUUAGUUUUAAAAGUCGAGUCCGUAUUCUCCUCUUUAGGAAUCUUUCGUCCAUACAAUGAAUUGUUUGAAAAUAGUUGCGUUGAGUAUAACUUAUAUAAUGAUAAGUAUAAGCCUCGGCUUCAGUUCCAGUAGAUGUGAAUUCGUGUGCAAAGAAGUGACGAUCCAUUCCAUACGACAAACCAAUUCUUGAAUUUAAAAAUGUCUACAAUUCUGUUCACAAUUUUUCCAUUUCUUCUAAAUCUCAAAUAUAAUGAAUUGAAGUUUUGACAAAAACCUAUUAUUUAUUAUAUGUUACGGACUAAUACCUCCGACUGAAACAAAUUAUAAUAUAAUAAGACAACCGCCGGGUGUCUCAACCGAAAACACCUAAGAAUGCGAACAUUUGCACAAUUGAUGAGUGAAACAGCCCUUCCCUGAACAUAACGGCUCUUGAAUUAUGUUCUAAACAUUUCAAACAACUCGCAAGAAUUGGUAAUUCAUGGAAAUAUUAUACUAGUAUUCAAACAUAUAUAAAUGUGUGAUAUUUAUGAGUAACAUAUCGAAAGUUUAACCACAGAAUCACAAUUACAUGCCCUGACGUUCAACAGUAAACCUCUCAUAUACUGUAAAUCUAUAAAUAGUAUUGAUUUUGUAAAACCAAACUCAGAUUAGUUUAGAGUUCACAUUAUAUCAAUAGGUAUGGAAUCACAAGAGUCUUGUGGCCAUUAUAAGAGUGGAUGAAAAUUGACAACAGUUGUGAACAUUGGUGCAAACAAUGCCAAUAUUUAGUAGUGUCUCAACAGUUGUCUUCAAUAUUGUCAUGUAAAGUGAUUUUAUAUAGACUUUUGCAGAACUUCUAAUUACGAUCAAAACAACUAAUCGGGGUCUAACUCAUACUUUCAUCGACAAUAUUGAAUGAAUAGUUAAGCGUGAAUUUAGGAUAAAACUAAAAUGAGUUGAUAUUGAGGACAAUCGUGCAAAUGGUUAUGUAAUUAUAUUUGGCUCAAACAAAAUCAUAAUAAUACUCGACAUUUCCUUGAAUACCGACUCAAUAUAUGUGUUCAUAUGUUUACACCGCCAAUACAUGACAAACAGAUGUGUAUAAAAUAUAUUCUCCACAUUAUAUUAAUUAAAAACAUGAUAAAAC